UUUCAGAGUUACCUACCGUAGAAAUGACGUCACCCUACACCCCAUAUUGUUUACAAAUGGCGACCGCUUGACAGGUGCGAGCAACUAAAGUCAAGUUCCCAAUAUGGCAGAAAAACCCAAGUUACCCCACAAAAAAGGAAAGAAAGUAAGAACAAAAAUUCCCACAGAGGAGGAAGAAAAUAGAGAAACAGUGAUAACAGAAGAUAACAAAUCAGACUCAAAGACAGAUGUUAUGAAGGAUGAGCAAAAUGGAGAGGUAUCAACAAAAACAUCUACAGUACAGACCUCAGUAAAAACUAAGGAAACUAUGGAGUUCAUGACACUUGAUACCACAGAAGAAGAGGAGGAAAUUCAGUAUGUACCUCCACCCAGAGAUGAUACACUUCCUGACUUGUAUCGCCUCAUAGACAGUCUAGAGGAGGGGGAGACAGACCUUGUCACCAAGAGGGAUCCCCCAGCUCUAUUCACCAGGGAAGAACACGUUCCCAAAUAUGAGAAGAUCUCAGAAUUAAAGCUCGCAAUGGAGAAGGAAGAGUAUCCAGCCUAUCUGAAUGACUUUGAAGAAGGAGUUAAGGAUGAUGUGGUCAUGCUUGGUCAAAUCUCUCUGGAGGAGGUUCAAGAGGAGGAAAAGAGACUUCGAGAUGAGCACAUUCAAUACUUAGAUCAGGAAGCUGAAAGAAAGAGAAAACUUCAGGAAGAGAUUCUCAGACGCGAGGAGGAAGCCAAACAAAGGAUGGCUAAAGUGACUAAGGACAGCAGGACAGACAUAGCCAAGAGAGAGGAGAUCUUGAGACAGAGAGAGAAACUGCUAAUGGACCGUCUCCAUCGAGCCUACAGACGAGCUGAGAGUCAGCUGAUCAGCGUCCUGGAGAGGAGGAAGGGGGAGGUCCAGACAUUUUAUGGGGACCUGAUGUUGGCUGAUGGGGUGUAUGGAGGAAGUCAGAGCCGGAGAUGGAAGGUCGACUGGAACAAAACACCACAACCAAUCCAGAUCAAGCUUAUGUGUCUGAGAGGGGUCAGGGACAAACUUCCAGGGGGAAGAUAUGUCAUGAUGGUGUCCCUGUACAAUCGUCUUGGAGGCCACAACAUGAGGUGGUCAAAGUUGAAAGGUCAAACUUGGGGUGCAGCAACAUUGCCUGUAAACCAUGAUGGCAGAUAUUACAAUGUGGAAAUGAAAAUGGACCAGAGUGUGUUUACUGUUCUACCAGCCAAAGCCUCUCUGAGACCCGGAAUGAUCCUGAUGUUUGAGUUGUUUCUGCUGAGAGGUGCUGUCGUGGCGACUGACCGUGUGGUGGGCUGGGGCUGUUUCCCUAUCUGUGAUGGACAGUUUGAUAUCAUUGAGGGAAAAUACAAGUGUCCAUUCCUGCGAGGUGAAUUAGACCAUGUUCUGGACAAACAUGAGAAGAUUGAGGAACUGAUGGCCUCAGACAUGGACCACUGGCUCUGUAACAUGUACUUUGAGAUCAUUAAACUUCCAAGACACCUGGCAGGCCAGAAAGAGUACGAAGUGGAGCUGGAAUUCUCAUCCUCCAUUACUGGUUUUCCCAGUCGUGUCAAUCAAGGGGAGGAGUGUCGUGAUGGAGAGGAACCCAUCCCAGGGUCAAUGUCAUCUAUCAGCUCUGACCCCAGUACCUCUCGUGUCAGUCUGACCAGUCCAACAGGGACAGAUUUUGAUGGCAACAAGUCAGAUGCCACAGCAACCAAAAUCAAGCUUAAUGAAAGAGCUGGAUCAGAUGACAAGAGGCCUUCCACAGCUGCUACCACUUUUGGAUCAAGAAUCAUCCAUAAAGACAAAAAAGUGGAUCUGGAUUCAGAUUCAGAUGAUGCUGAAGAGGAGGCAUUAGCUGACCUCAAUGAUCUGAAGGCCAUUCGUAAAGAAGAGGAUUUCAGGCCUGUGGAUGGCAUGCCAGGGAUGUACUAUAAGAAAUACCUGAACAAUCCUGUGGAGGUGUACCACAACAAGCUGUACUCCCUGUUACCACGAACACAUAUCCUCCAACCACCGGUCAACCGCAAAAAACUCACUCAUGUAGAGGAACUUGAGCAGCACUCGUUUGUUGUCCAGCCUCCUUUUGCUGAGAAAGGUCACACCUCCAGUGGGACCAACAAAAAGUUGCAGUAUGUGGGGCGACAGUUUAUGGCAGAGCUGGGAUUGUCUGAGUGGAGAAGCAGGGAAUUCUGGGGCAUGUUAUUGAUGUUUAUUAUCGUCUUCUUCAUCCGUAUGUACAACCACUACAUUGGUCAGUGGAUGUUCCUCAACGCAAUCAACAUCCCUGUCAACAAAUUUAACUUCCUGCCCUACACAGUAGAGCUGAACUACCAGAGCACUCUGAUGGCCACUCGGGAGGAGAUUGGGGUGGUCUGGCUGGGCCCCCUCACCAACAUCGUAGUGUUCUGUCUGCUUGUGGUCCUGUGUUGGGUCUGUCAGAAGCUGUUUGGACUAUUCCCAGACAUUGGGUGUAAAUUUGUCGUAGCUUAUGGACUGUUCACCUUCCUAGAUCCUAUCCUUAUCCUCAUUGUGGACAUGAGCCUGAAGAGAUAUGAGGACACUUCAAUCUACCCCCAGGCUGACGUGGUGAAGCUCUACUAUCACUUCCUGCGGCUGGAGGGUUCUGGUUUGGCUGGGAUCUUCAUUGUGGCUUUCCUCUACACCUUUACAAUGUUUAUGUCAGCUUCCAUCUUGUAUAUGUACUUUCUCAGACUACACAAUAAUGGCCGUCUGUUGGAUGUGUACUGGCGUCUCCAUGGUGAUGAGGACAACUUCUUCCUGCCUUAUGACCUUGAGGUUUCAAAUCAGGAGCUGAAUUACAUUGUGAAGAAGGCAGAGAAAUGGAGAGGGGAGGAAGGAGAGAGGAGGAAGACAGCGGUGUAUGACUAUAUCUGGGAGGAGGAAGAUGUGGAGGAAAGUAUUUGGGAUGAGAGUGGAGUGGAACACAAAGAGACAGUAAAGGGAAAGAAGGAAAUCACAACUCAUGUCUCCAUCCACACUAUCCACUUGGAUGGACUUCGUGAACUCUACCGGCACUUCCUUAGGCUGCCAGAUGGAGCUGUUGUUGAGGUAUUUGGAGAUAUCUCUAUCCCUGGAAUGGACAAAGAUAUGAAGACUGCCCUGGAGCGAGGAGCCCGAGGUGUAGAGAAUCUGAUGGGCUCACUGGCCAGCUUUCAUGGGGUACGCGGGAGAAGAAGUGCCCACACUCGAUCAGGAUUCACUGCAGAUGAUUUCCCUCCCCCAGCAUCGCCCUCCCCUAGCAGUAGUGAUGACUCCCUCCCCAAGAAAAAGAAAUAAAAGAUGGCAACAAGAAUGAACUGAAGGAUAAUGGCUUCCACUUAUAAAAAGACUGAACCUAUCUUUUAAUUGCAAAAAGUUGAUUGGUGAAUUUUGAAUUGUUUAAAAAGUGACAAUCUUUUCUUUCAGGUAACUUGAUUCUAUAAAACAUUACUGUUACAUUUCUCAGCAUUGAAAACAUAUUUUUGAAUGACGUGUCAAGUUCAAAACAUAUUAAUUUAUAAGAAGCUCCAGUGUCAGUGUAAAGUCCCACUUUAAAUACAUAUUUGUAAUAUUUUCUCAACAUAUUUUAUGCUGGGCAGGACUUGAGCUUGUGUUUUUGUGUGUUUUUUUGUUUUUGAUUAUCUUGUCAAAUUCUGUCCAAAAAUUAUAUUAACAGCCUUUGGAAGUGUUCCAGAAGUCCCUGCAAUACUGCUGUGCUCUUGGCUAGAUGCAAUACUUAUUUUCAUUUAAUUUUGAUAUUUAUCUUUUUCUUUUCCCUCCUGCAUAAUUGUAAUUUGUUUUUGUAUUUUUAUAAAAUAUGUAAACUCAUAUAUAUGUAUCUAUCUAAUUCUCCAUAUGACCCCACAUUUAUUAUAAGCUACGUGUAGUAGUGUAUGCUAAUUCUCCAUAUGACCCCACAUUUAUUAUAAGCUACGUGUAGUAGUGUAUGCUAAUUCUCCAUAUGACCCCACAUUUAUUAUAAGCUACGUGUAGUAGUGUAUGCUAAUUCUCCAUAUGACCCCACAUUUAUUAUAAGCUACGUGUAGUAGUGUAUGCUAAUUCUCCAUAUGACCCCACAUUUAUUAUAAGCUACGUGUAGUAGUGUAUGCUAAUUCUCCAUAUGACCCCACAUUUAUUAUAAGCUACGUGUAGUAGUGUAUGCUAAUUCUCCAUAUGACCCCACAUUUAUUAUAAGCUAUGUGUAGUAGUGUAUGCUAAUUCUCCAUAUGACCCCACAUUUAUUAUAAGCUAUGUGUAGUAGUGUAUGCUAAUUCUCCAUAUGACCCCACAUUUAUUAUAAGCUACGUGUAGUAGUGUAUGCUAAUUCUCCAUAUGACCCCACAUUUAUUAUAAGCUAUGUGUAGUAGUGUAUGCUAAUUCUCCAUAUGACCCCACAUUUAUUAUAAGCUACGUGUAGUAGUGUAUGCUAAUUCUCCAUAUGACCCCACAUUUAUUAUAAGCUACGUGUAGUAGUGUAUGCUAAUUCUCCAUAUGACCCCACAUUUAUUAUAAGCUACGUGUAGUAGUGUAUGCUAAUUCUCCAUAUGACCCCACAUUUAUUAUAAGCUACGUGUAGUAGUGUAUGCUAAUUCUCCAUAUGACCCCACAUUUAUUAUAAGCUACGUGUAGUAGUGUAUGCUAAUUCUCCAUAUGACCCCACAUUUAUUAUAAGCUACGUGUAGUAGUGUAUGCUAAUUCUCCAUAUGACCCCACAUUUAUUAUAAGCUACGUGUAGUAGUGUAUGCUAAUUCUCCAUAUGACCCCACAUUUAUUAUAAGCUACGUGUAGUAGUGUAUGCUAAUUCUCCAUAUGACCCCACAUUUAUUAUAAGCUACGUGUAGUAGUGUAUGCUAAUUCUCCAUAUGACCCCACAUUUAUUAUAAGCUACGUGUAGUAGUGUAUGCUAAUUCACUUAAAUAUAGAUAUAAGAGGUACUGUAAAUCUGAAAAUUUAUGAGUGUUGUGAACAGCAUCCUCAGAAUUUUUGAAACUGUGCAUUUCUGAGAUAAACGCAAUGAUGUAAUCAUUCAAUUUGUACAAAUGUGAAUUAUGUCAAUAGAUAAGAAACAUACACUGUAUUUAGGUUUGUGCUAUUUUUUUAAAGGAAUAAUUUUUUUUUUUACAAAAA